GUCAUUUCAUAAAAACACUAUCCAAAUUGAUUAUCAUAAAAGCCAACUCUUAAAGAAUCACAGCACCAGCACUGGGAGGGAACCAAUUAAGGAGCGCCCCACUGACCCCACUGGUCUAAUUGGGAAUGAGGAGAACCAUAAUGUAGAGUCAAAAGAAGGACCGGAUCCAAAAGUGACAGAAGAGCCUUCACAGCCCCUAAAUGUAGGAACAGAAAAGAAGGAGCCAAUAAAAGAACCAGUAAAAGUACAUUUACCUGAUGAGAUUCAUCCUAAAAGUCAAGCAGACUUAUGGAUAAAGCUGUCUCCUUCAAACGUGAUUAGAAGAGUGGGAUAUUUUGACAAAAGAAAUUUGAAUGACGUGAGGAUCAACAUCAUCUUGAUGCAAGACAAAAGACAAAGACCACUUCCCACAGUCUUUAUAAGACUGCACUACACUGAUGCCAAGGAGCCACUAUGCUUGUCAACUGAAUUAGACCACAGUGCCAUUAAAGAAGGACACGACAACUACGUCCUUUACUUGGUUCGUAAUCCUCAGCUUACUGAGAUCCAGAGAGAGUCUCUCUCACACGUUACAGUAUCAACUAAUGGAGACUGCAAGGAUGAAUCAAUUCCCGUUGCUAUUGAGACUGUUUUUGAUCCAAAAGAGUACAAGUAUAAAUUCGCAAUGUGUCUACAUAAAUCGGUACGGCCGAACCUCGAGCCAAAGGUCCUGCUUGAUUGGGUCAAAUUGAAUCUUGCACUUAGAAUGGAAUUCAUGACAAUUUUCUUGCAAGCUGGAGCAGAGAAAAUCUACGAAGUUUUAGAGCCUUACCUCAAGAAAGGAGUCCUAGAAGUAUUGGACUGGAAGCUAGAGCCACCACUGAUUGAUAGUGCCUCGUAUCACGACGGACAGACUGGAGUCAUAGCAGAAUGUAUCUGGCAUAACUUUAAUGAUGUUAAAUACCUUGGAAUGAACGAUGCCGACAAAUUUUUUAUACCACAGAAGCACUGGUUGACCAUCGCUCCUUGAGAUGAUGAAAGAGCUAGACCAGCCAAUGUCUAAACGAUACGGUUCCUACUUAUUCACCAACACACUGAUGGUAGACAAUGGGAAUCUCCUAAAUCAAUCAUUCAUCAGACUUGAUCCACUCUCAUUACCUGUGUACUUCAAACGAGCUAAGAGUUGUACUACUUAUGCCGAAAUGAUUGUAAUUGUACCAAAUGCUACAUGCCCUGGCCUCAGUCACCCCAGACUAUUCUUGUAUCGUGCAGAUAAAUAUACCAAAGAGCUCAGAGUCCCUGAUAGCAUUGGGAGGUCACAGCACUAUCGACCGACUUGGGAUGGGUAUUUUCAUAAAUGCUCACCUGGACAGCUUUCAGACUCAUUUAAGCAGUCGAACCGCAACCGUCAGGAAAUGUGAAGGAGCCCACCCAUUUAUUUGCAACUCCAAUCAUAUACAUGUAGAUGCUUCGAUUAAUGCCUAACUGACUCAUGAAUAAUUUUGUAUAUUCAUAAUUUCUGGUUAUUCUUUUUUCUUUCUAUGCAUGAUACAGCACAAGUUAUACAUGGCAAA